UCUCUCUCUCUCUCUCUCUCUCUCUCUCUCUCUCUCUCUCUCUCUCUCUCUCUCUCUCUCUCUCUCUCUCUCUCUGUGUGUGUGUGUCUCUCUCUUUCUCGCUCCUCCAUCCCUUCUUUCAGGUCUCUGAGGAUGUGUCGGAACUGAGCUGUCUGUCAUUGAGAAGAAGCUGAUAUAUGAAAAUCAGAGCUGGUGUCAGAAGUUGACAAGACAGAGGACACCGAUAUUGAAAGACACAACGCUAAAACCAAUGUUAUGUCUGCCUAAAGUAACCUUACACAACGAAGCGGAUCGUAAAGACCGAGACCGGAAUCCUCAUCGCCACGAGACCUGCCGUGACCAGCGGAUCACAGGUGCAAGCACUCGUACACCGGAGAGAAACGAGACGUCGCUGGAGGAAUACCGUUUCAAGUGUGUUCUAAAACACAGAAGGAUCAUGUCACGCCUACAUCUCCACCUCUCCUCCCUCCGUUCCUCCUCUCUCUCCUCUGUCCUUCUCCUAGUCUUCCUCUCCUUCAUGCUCCUCCUGUCCCUCCCCAGCCCGGCCGUGGCCGGUUCCACUCCUCUAUCAGAGGGGGGUAACGUAAAGGCUAACUGCACAGCUACAGGAGACCCUUGUCAGGAAGGGGUGGUACUGCCCGUCUGGAACCCACAGAACCCCUCUGUAGGAGACAAGGUAGCGCGGGCCAUUGUCUACUUUGUAGCGAUGAUCUACAUGUUCCUGGGGAUGUCCAUCAUAGCUGAUAGAUUCAUGUCUUCUAUAGAGGUGAUAACCUCUCAGGAGAAAGAGAUCACCAUAAAGAAGUGGAACGGGGAGACAACCACAGCUACAGUGAGGAUCUGGAAUGAGACCGUGUCUAACCUCACUCUCAUGGCUCUGGGGUCAUCUGCUCCUGAGAUACUGCUCUCUGUUAUAGAGGUGUGUGGCCACGGCUUCGAGGCUGGUUCUCUGGGUCCCUCCACCAUUGUGGGCAGUGCUGCUUUUAACAUGUUUAUCAUCAUCGCCCUGUGUGUCUAUGUGGUUCCUGACGGAGAGACCAGGAAGAUUAAACAUCUCCGUGUGUUUUUCGUGACGGCGGCGUGGAGUGUGUUUGCAUACAUCUGGCUGUAUCUUAUCCUGUGUGUGUUCUCUCCUGGAGAGGUGGAAGUCUGGGAGGCCGUGGUCACCUUUCUGUUCUUCCCCCUCUGCGUGGUCCAGGCGUGGGUGGCCGAUCGACGAUUGCUCUUCUACAAGUACGUCCGCAAGCGUUACCGUGCCGACAAGCACAGAGGCAUCAUCGUUGAGACGGAGGUAGGGAUGGACGGAGGGAUGGGAGGAGGAGGAGGAGGAGGAGGAGGGAUGGGUGGGUUCACUAAGAUGGACAUGAUGGAGCUGGACGGACAGGUGGUGGAGGGAUGGAGGGAUGGAGGGAUGCUGGAGGACGGAGGACAAGAAGGGAGGAGGGAUCUGGAGGACGUGGCCAGGAGAGACAUGGCGAGGACCCUGAAGGAGCUGAAAGCCAGACACCCUGACAGAGACACAGAGCAGCUUAUAGAGAUGGCCAACUACCAGGUGUUGGUCCAGCAACAGAAGAGCCGAGCGUUCUACCGUAUCCAGGCAACCAGGAUGAUGAUCGGAGCAGGCAACAUCCUGAAGAAGCAUGCUGCUGACCAGGCUAGGAAGGUGGUGAGCAGCCAGGAGCCCCAGCUGCAGGAAGACGACCCCCACACGACCCGGAUGGAGUUUCAACCCUCCCACUACCAGUGCUUCGAGAACUGUGGCUCACUCAAACUGACCGUGGCCCGACAUGGCGGAGACCCUGGAGCUUCUGUUAAGGUGGACUACCGUACAGAAGACGGCACAGCCAACGCCGGUUCAGACUAUGAAUUCGCUGAAGGGACCCUCCUCUUCAAGCCGGGCGAGACCCUGAAAGAGAUAACUGUGGGCAUCAUAGACGACGACAUCUUCGAAGAGGAUGAGCACUUCUAUGUCCACCUCAGUAACCCUCGUGUGGUUGGCUACGACCCGUUGGAGACAAACUCAAACUCCUCCCCCAAGGCGGUGCUCGGUGACGGCCACACGGCGACGGUGACCAUCUACGACGACGAUCACGCGGGGAUAUUUUCGUUUGAGAUCGACGCCCUGCGGGUGAGCGAGAGUGUUGGGGUCAUGGAGGUCAAGGUUCAGAGGACGUCGGGGGCUCGGGGGCUGGUGGUGGUGCCUUACAGGACCGUAGACGGGACAGCCCGGGGUGGAGAGGAUUUCGAAGAGGUGUCUGGGAAUCUGGAGUUCCAGAACGACGAGACGAUGAAGAUAAUUGAGGUGAAGAUUAUUGAUGAUGAGCUUUAUGAAAAGAACAAGACCUUCACAAUGGAGCUGGGGGAACCGCUACUUCUGGAUGCUGGCCAAAAACACGGCGACUCCAAUGAGAACAAGCCGACGGAUGACGAGGUGGCCAAGAUGGGCUGUCCCAGUCUGGGAGAAAACACACGGAUAGAGGUGGUCAUCGAAGAGUCUUACGAGUUCAAGAACACAGUAGAUAAGCUGAUUAAGAAGACUAAUCUUGCGUUGGUGGUGGGAAGCUGCAGCUGGAGAGAGCAGUUUGUCUCUGCCGUCACUGUCAGCGCAGGUGAUGAUGAUGAUGAGGAGAGUGGUGAAGAGCGUCUCCCGUCCUGUUUUGACUACAUCAUGCACUUCCUCACCGUCUUCUGGAAAGUUCUGUUUGCCUUUGUCCCUCCGACAGAGUACUGGAAUGGCUGGGCCUGCUUCAUCGUCUCCAUCAGUCUCAUCGGAGUUCUGACGGCUGUAACAGGAGACCUGGCCUCUGCCUUCGGCUGCACUGUGGGUCUGAAGGACUCUGUUACUGCCGUGGUGUUUGUAGCACUAGGGACCUCUGUACCAGACACCUUUGCCAGUAAGGUGGCCGCCAUCCAGGACCAGUACGCCGACGCCUCCAUCGGCAACGUAACCGGUAGCAACGCCGUGAACGUCUUCCUUGGGAUCGGAGUGGCGUGGACCAUCGCCGCCGUGUUCUGGCGCUCCAAAGGCCAGGUGUUUCGCGUCGACCCGGGCUCGCUGGCGUUCUCCGUCACGCUCUUCACGGUGAUGGCGUGCAUAUGCGUGAUGAUACUCCUCUACCGACGGCGGGCGUCAGUGGCAGGGGGGGAGCUCGGAGGGCCGAGGACUACCAAGAUCAUCACAUCACUGGUCUUCUUCUUCAUGUGGCUGAUCUAUAUAUUGCUGUCAUCACUGGAGGCAUACUGUCACAUACCUGGGUUCUAGAGAGAGAGAGAGAGAGAGAGAGAGAGAGAUGGAGAGAGAGAGAGAGAUGGAGAGAGAGAGAGAU